CACUCAUUCCCCAAUAGGCUGGUUAAACUCGGGGUCCUUGGGCCCUAUAUAACCAGGCACACUUCUUCCUCGUUCCCUGCUGGCAUCCUUACUUCUUCUCUUUCAUUCCUCCUUCGCCCUCUUCAGUAUCUACUGCUGCGUCUCAUCUGGCUUCAUUCGCGACACUCUAUAAAACCAUACAAUAAUGAAGACCACUGCAUUUGCCAGCAGCAUCCUGCUGGGAACUAGCAUGCUCCUUUCGCUGCUCACCCCUUCCUCGGCUCAUAUGGCCAUCUCCAACCCUCCUGCCCAGGCUGGUCCCUGGUCUAGCCACCCUUCAAGCAAUGUCCAUGCUUGGAUUGGCUAUGAGGGCAAGAAGUUCCCAUGCGGCGGCUACAAGAAGGGCCCUGUCACAACAUACAAGGCCGGUCAGGUCAUCCCCGUCCGAUUCUGGAACUUCAACAUCAAGAACCCCAAGAAGUUCCCUCCACCCAGUGGACUCAAGCAGUCGCGCCAUGGUGGCGGUGCCUGCGAGUUCUCGCUCUCGUACGAUGGCGGCAAGACCUGGAAGGUCAUCGGCCAAUACACCAAGUCGUGCCCGGACAUCUACUACGAGUGGCCAGUGUUGAUCCCCAAAAACGUGCCUUCGUGCACGAACUCGGACAAGUGCCUGUUCGCGUUCUCAUGGACGGCGUAUGCGACCGACCAGUUCUACCAUCACUGCGCGAACGUGAUUAUCAAGGGCGCAAAGAAUGGCAAGUUGCCACAGUUGGAUAUGACGGUUGUGGAUGUGAAGCAGAAGAAGCAGAAGAUCAACACGCAUGCGACCGGUGAUGGCAAGAAAACCAAGGCUAAGGGACCGGAUAAAAAUGAGGUCAAGUUGAACAAGGGUGGAUACUUUGCCUAUGGAGGUGGAGCCGGCAAGAAGGGUAUCAACCUUGGUCUUGUCCGCCGCUAGAACACGUACAUAGACAAACGCGUUCGAUAUCUGCACCAAAAUAAACGAUUGAUGCAAAAGCACGACCAUGCGCAUGUAUUUGG